AUGGCAAGGCCAAGACUUACUCGAUACUCCCUCAGCCUCUACUUCACAGCUUUCCAGCUUGUUGGUUCAAUCUCUCCGGCAUCGUUGUUUAUUUCCGCGGAGUUGUUUGUAAAGAUCCCCAUCGCCGGCCGAGUCAAGUUGACCUCAAUCAAGGGAUCUUUGAAAGACGGAGCCUCCGUCACGGCCACCAUUAACGUUGUCGUCGCCAAGGGUAGCGCCAAAUUUACGGCCAAGUCCAACAGUUCCGGGAAACAUGACCUCUACUGCACAUUAUUCGUCAAUGUCGUUCUCUUCGGUGACAUCAACCUCCCCGAUGUCAAGAUUUUCGCCCUUCCGUAA